AUGGCCGAUGAUUCAGAUGGUAGCGAUGCGGCUGCUCGCCGGAAAUCCCGGCGCGAAGGCGUCGACCGUCCCGCGCAAGUCGGCGCUCGCACGUUCACCUUUGUCACCCAGCAGGACGACUCCCGCGCGCGCAGCCAUGCCAUGCGCGAGUCAUGGAGGAAACGCAAGCAGCAGAAGCUGCUGCAGCAGAGCCAGAGUCGCUCCCUGCCCAGCAGCCGCCGUCUGGUGCCCAAGCCCGCCGCCGCAGCCGCCACAGAGCAGCAGGAAGACGUCUCGCGAACACAUACUGUCUCCGAUCCAAGCACUGUGAGCACCACCGCCGACGAUCACCAGUCCCAGGCAUUGACGCCGAUGCAAUGGAGUGCCGACGAGUCGGCUACGGCUUCUCACGGCGAUUCGUCCCAUCCUGACGAGCAUCGGCAGCAGCCUCUCGGCGUCGCGGCGCAGGCGCUGACAGGCAUGAACCAUGCGCUGGCGGCCGUCAGUUUAGACCCGUUCGACACGUUUCCGGUCAGGCUGACGGCCAGACACCAUGAAUUGCUGCAUCACUGGCUGAGCACGCAUGCGGCGAUGAUGUUUGAGCAGUCGCCAACGGUCGACUUCAAUCCCAUGCGGGAUGUGUGGUUUCCUCUUGAUCUGUCCAACGCGGCGUCGUUCAAUGGCAUGUUGGCACACUCGGCCGCCCAUCUGGCCUACCUCCGCGGCGAGAAGCAUUCCAUGGAGGUGCUGAAGUACAAGGUCGAAGCCGUCAGUCUGGUCAACAAGUGGCUGCAGGACGAAAGCACCAUGCUGAGCGACCACACGUUUGCGGCGGUGGUGAGAUUGCUAACUUUUGAGAGAUACUGGGGAACGGAAGAUGUGUGGAGAGUGCAUCGCGAUGGACUCGAGAGGAUGAUCAAAGCGAGAGGCGGCAUAGCGGCUCUGCAAGGCAACUGGCGUCUAGGACUGGUUCUGCAACUCAUCUCGUUAAUGGCCAAACCCUCCUGGUUCUACCCGUCCAACCACAUCUCCGAGAUAUCGAAUUCGCUGGCCUACAUGGCCUCGACGGGCGCAACGGUCGAUCUGCGCAAGCUUCGCUCGCUCUGGCUGAUCUCGUUCAUCCAGGACAUGCGGAGCCUGAUGGGGGGAUCGCGCUGGCUGCACUCGGAGGGACUGCGGCGGUAUCCGACGCUGUACGAAGCGGUCAGCUUCCUGCGGACGUCGUUCCGGCAGAGCCAGCACACGUACACAUCGGAGUCAGCCUCGCAGACCAGUCCGUUUGAAUACGACCGCAUCGUAUGUCUAUUCUACAUCGGCGUGAUGCUGCAGGAAUCAACGUCGUCGUCGUUCCGCGACGUCGUGGCAUCGACGUCGGCGCAAGACUCGUCGUCAUGGCCCGCCAUCCCGGAGAACGAGAAAGACGACCUCGCGGUGCUGGACGCCGCCCUGGCCGAGACGCGCGACUUCUGGGGCGGGUCGAUCAGCAACCUGCGAGCGUUCCUGCUGGAGCACUUCAUGAACCAGUCCGACAACGCCAGCCGGGCCAACUACGUGGUGCACAUGACGGAGGUGCUGACGUCGCUGAGCAGCGAGGCGCGCAUUGGCGUGGAGCGGUGUCUGCUCAACAUGUUCAGCGGGAAGUUUGAGAAGGAUAUCUAUAAUGUUGACGAUGACGACGAGUAUUGGACUGUGGAUUCGUUGUUGUCGUCGAUUCAUGGGGACGGGCGGGAUCAUGGUAUAAGCUAUGAGUUACGAUAG